GCUAAAUAGACCACUGACUUCACCCAUUUCAGCCUUUAGUUAGAUCUCUCGGUCUGGUCCCACCCAUAUGUGAACAGCUUUUGUCACAAGUGAAAAAAACCCCAGUCCUUUUCAGAUUUUUUUUUCUCCCCUUCCCUCCUCCCCCUCCCUCCUUCCUCCCUCUCUCCUCCUCCUCCUCCUCCUCAGCAUCAAGUGCAGCCUGAGCGGAGCGUCCCGGCUGCGACUUUCUCUCAGCCUCUUUGAAGAAGCAAUGAGGAGAAGAGAGCCGUCGCCCUGCUGAUACCAGGACGUCUGGGAUGCAGUAACACCCGUUUGUUUUCUAGCGGGAUCAUAUUUGUGUAUAUCCGAGGGAAACAAACAAUACACUGCGGAUUUGGCAUAUCCAUCAAUCGGAUGCAAGCAGAGCCAGGCCCAACUUAACAAUGGGCCCCAUACCCCUGUGUGUCCUACUCCCUGUGGUGGUACUGGCUGUGGCGGUGGUUGUAGCUACUGAGGAGAACACAGUCGAUGAUGAGUAUACCUGGCCACAGUGGAAGGUUCCUCUGGUAAGGAAAAGACGCACUGUGCCUCUCAGCAGCCCCGACUUCUCAGCCCAUCCACAACCAGAGCUGAGUGGGACCUGUGGGAUCGAGUGUCAGCGUCGCCUUCCAACACCUUCUUUGGAUGACCUGGAGCAGUUCCUGUCCUAUGAAACAAUCUAUGAGAAUGGUACACGCACAUAUACCUCAGUGUCUGUGCAAGGUCUCAAUGAGGUGACAGCAUGGUCCAGAAAUGCCUCAUCUAGCUCCCGCCACAAACGGGAGGUGUACGGCCCAGACACCCGCUUUACCAUCUCUGAUAAGCAAUACUCUACCAAAUAUCCCUUCUCCACCUCUGUGAAGAUCUCCACAGGAUGUUCUGGGGUUUUGGUGUCACCUAAGCAUGUGCUAACAGCUGCCCACUGCAUCCAUGAUGGGAAGGAUUAUCUAAAUGGAGCGCAGAAGCUACGUGUUGGUAUCCUGAAGGACAAGUCCAGACGAGGGAAAGGAGGCAAAGGGAGAGGAGGACGAGGAAAGGGCAAAAGGAGAAAGGGAGAAAAAGGUCAAGAAGAAGUCCAGGAAAAGGAAGAAAAUGGUGGGAAGGGAGACCGUAAAGGAAAAGGAAAAGGAAGGAAGAGCAGGAAUCGGCGAAGUGUGGAAUCAGAGAAACCUUCAUUUAGGUGGACCAGGGUCAAGCAGACCCAGAUUCCUAAGGGCUGGUUCAAAGGUGUGACCGAUGGACUGGCUGCAGAUUUUGACUACGCUGUUCUGGAACUGAAGAAAGCCCCCAAAGUCAAGCACAUGGAUCUAGGUGUUAUCCCAUCUGUCAAGAAGCUCCCUGCUGGGAGGAUCCACUUCUCUGGCUUCGAUGACGACCGGCCUGGCAACCUGGUCUACCGGUUCUGCUCCGUGUCUGAGGAAUCCAGUGAUCUGCUUUAUCAGUACUGUGAUGCCAAACCUGGCUCCAGUGGCUCUGGGGUCUACAUCCGCCUCAAAGAACCUGGCAAGAAGAAGUGGAAGAGGAAGAUCAUUGGAGUUUUCUCUGGUCACCAGUGGGUGGAUGUAAAUGGGGAUGGGAUGCAACAGGAUUACAACGUGGCUGUGAGGAUAACACCCCUCAAAUAUGCUCAGAUCUGUUACUGGGUCCACGGGGACUCGAGUGAGUGCCAGCAAGCCUAAAACAACACAGGAUCCCCCCUUAAACACCACCCCAUUUCUAUCCCUCAGGCCACCUCUAUACAACGGACACCUUACCUGUUCUAACCCUCCAACUUCCUAUCAUGAACCAGGGGCCCAACGACUGCCUCUCCUCUUCCUGCCUUCCUGUUACCUCCUGUGCCUCCCAGUGACUCCUCCUCCACUGAUCUACACACACACACACACAGACACACACACACACACACACACACACACACACACACAGCCAUGCAGACUCAGUGUUGACAACAACAGGAACUUGUCAAUGCAUCAAGAGAACUGUGGCUCUUCAGCUUUUCUAAUUUAUUUGCUAAAAAAAACUGAGAAAAAAAUAUGUAUUGUAUGUAUUCACAGAUCAUUCAGAUCUGCAGUUUUGCUUUCUAUUUUGACUCUUUAAAAAAAGAUUUGACCUUUUUGGAUACAAUGUUGGAAAGCGUGUAUAUUCAAAUGUUUGUGAGCAAAGCACUGGUACAUUUGUCAUAUAUUCCAACCAGGCUUUGUAUGGAGAGACUUGUAUUUUCAAGUGCUCUCCACCACUGUAAAGAAGAUUGUGUUACAUUGGCUUUGACAAAAGACCCAGGAAAAAUAAAAAAUGUUAACUUUUGUUUUAAAAAUGAACUAUAUAGAGAUAUUGAGAUUACUGUUUUUUUAAAAACAUUUUAAUGUAAUGUGCUGGUGUUUUGAAUUGUGUAUAUCUAGAAGUUUGUUUUUUUACAACUACCUUUUUAAAUAAUUAUUUUUCUGUUGAAAUAGAGAAAGGGUCCUUAUGGAUCCUGAUAGAAGAUUUGUCUGAUUUGUGAGUCUCACGAUCUUUUCUCUGUUCUUGCAACGCAGUGAAAUGUGGUUUCAUUGUUGUGCACAUAAUUAUAUCGGUGCUCAUCCAGAAGACGUGGUGCUAAUUUAUGGAACUGUAAACUUUUUUGAGGGUGGGAUGGUAGGGGGCUUCUCAGAAUAUAUUUUGAUAGCCUAGUACUGUAACUAUGUAUUUAAUGUGAGGCUACAUAUUUGGGUUGCAUUCAGAUGGGACUGAACCAUUUAACAAUUUACUUGAGCUGUUUAGAUAGACUUCUGUAAUUCUAAGGGUUAAAUAAGAUUACAAAAGCAAUAUUAUUAUAUAAUAACAAAUUUAAAUCUGGAAUGUGAUAUUUUUGACUUUGUGUAGCUUAUGUUCCAAAAAUUCAUAUGAGUAUCCUUUCGAAUACCAAAUACCUGAAAUUAAUCUGAAAUUAAUUAUGCAGAUUGAAGACUACCAACCAUUAAAACAAGAUUACUAUU